CGGUUUUGUCAUUUGAAUGGAACCUGGGAAAAAUAUACAAAUUACGAUUCUUGUAUGCAUUUGCCUGCACCGUCACCUGUUCCUGAAUUUGAGCCAAUUGUCGAGCUGCCCACCAUAAUUUAUUACAUUGGAUACACUAUAAGUUUGGUUUCGUUGACAUUGGCCAUAAUUGUCUUUGCGUAUUUCAAGGAAUUACGGUGCUUGCGGAACUCGAUUCAUGCGAAUUUGUUUUUCACUUAUAUCAUGUCGGCAUUACUAUGGAUUCUCACAUUAUCCGUGCAGAUUUCAAUACGCACUGGACUUGGUGGCUGCAUUGUUCUGGUGACCCUAUUCCAUUUCUUCACAUUAACGAAUUUCUUCUGGAUGCUUGUCGAGGGUCUCUACUUAUACACUUUAGUCGUGAAGACUUUCUCUAAUAAUAAUAUACGCUUCAAUAUUUAUGCCAUCAUUGGCUGGGGCGGGCCAGCAAUUUUCGUUGUCGUUUGGACAAUUGCCAAGGGUCUGACAAUGACAUACCCCACUAAGCAGUUUGACAUUGGCUGUCCAUGGAUGCACGAAACACCUGUCGACUGGAUAUUUCAGGGUCCAGUUUGCGCUGUGCUGAUUAUAAAUUUAAUAUUUUUGUUAAGGAUAAUGUGGGUGCUCAUCACCAAGUUGCGUUCUGCAAAUACCGUGGAAACCCGGCAAUACCGGAAGGCAGCUAAGGCGCUACUCGUUCUAAUACCACUUUUUGGCAUUACAUAUUUGGUUGUUUUGGCUGGUCCCACCGAGGGUGGUGUUAUGAGUCAUAUGUUUGCGAUUGUGCGUGCACUGCUAUUAAGUACACAGGGUUUUUCAGUGUCGCUGUUCUAUUGCUUUUUGAAUUCGGAGGUGCGUACCGCUUUGCGGCAUCACAUUUCAACUUGGCGCGAUGAACGGAAUAUACAACUCAAUCAAAGCAGAAGAUAUACAUCAAAAAACUUCUCUAAGGAUGGUUCACCAAGACCUGAAAGUACUCGUCCACUUACAUCUUAUUAUGGCAAAGGGAAACGUGAAUCCUGUGUAUCGUCGGCAACUACAACUACAAUAAUUGGACAUAAUCCACCCAUGACACUGCAACGUGGCUCUAAUGGUGCAUUGCACAUGUUGCCAACUGCAACGACAUUGACUGUAAUGCCGCGUGCAAUAAGUCCACUGAUGAGGGGCGGACUGGAGGAAAAUUCGGUGUAAACAAUGUAAAUGCAUCUGAACGUCUUUCAAUAGAAAAUAUAAAUUCAGAAAUUUUAAAACCCAAAAACAUGACAAAGAAAUUCUAUUUAUCUAUAAGUAUUUAGUAUAAAUAAAUGUUUAUAUAUAUAUAUAUAUAUAUGCAUAUAUAUGCAAACAUUGAACAGAAAGGAGCUUUAAUUCUCAUUUAGUCAAGAAGGACUUGUUAAACAGAACAAAAGAAGAAAAAUUCGAUACUUCAAAACAAAGAAGGACUGCUG